AGUGACCUUGCGCAUGGCAAGUGCACAUGUAAUUUUUGUUAUUUAAUCAGGAGUCUCAUUUACAGUCAAAUAAUACGUUAACAUAACCUUUGCAAACAGACACACAUAAUGGGAAACAGUACCUCCAGCCCGGCAAGUGCCCCGCCCCCUCCGGAAUCUCCUCUAAUCAUUCCUCCUCCACCGGCACAAAUCUCUCCAGCACCUGAACAAUCACCGGCGUCUACGGAUCUGCAGACAAUACACAAGGAGAUGUCUGAUAAUAAAAAUAUUCCGAAUAAAAAUGGUCUCAACCCAGGGACUUACGAAGAACUUCACAAGAAAACGAAAGAGUUAUUCCCUCAAGUGUUUGACGGGGGUAAGAUCCUGAUCAGCAAGCCACUGAGCAGUCAUUUCCAGAUUUCCCACUCCCUUAUACUUGCAAAUCCAAUGACAUCAGGCUACAGGUUUGGAGCUACAUAUGCUGGCACCAAGCAGUUUAGUCCACAGGAGGCUUACCCAGUUAUCCUUGGUGAUACCGAUAUUAGCGGAAAUCUCAAUGCAAAUAUCAUACAUGCCUUUACUCGCAACACUUUGAGCAGAUUUGUAGCACAAUUCCAAGGUGAUAAGAUGAACACCCAGUUUGUGACAGACUUCAAGGGCAGUUCUUACACCGCUUCCAUCACUGCAGCCAACCCGGACCUCAUCAACGCCUCCGGAAUUGUGAUAGCUCAUUACCUACAGCGAGUGACCAAGUCCCUGGACCUAGGUGCGGAGUGCAUGUACCAGAGAGGGGGCCAGGUUCCCGGUGGCCAGAUCGCAGUCAUGGCUCUUGCAGCUCGCAUCCAUGGUGAAAAGCGUCAGUUGUCGGCUAACCUGAUACCAAUGGGUCCAGGUGGUCUGGGGGGCCAUUUUACAUACUAUCACCGUAUCAACGAGCAUCUUCAGGUUGGGGCUGAGCUGGAGACGAGUGCUGGUAUGGGAGAGGCUGUUGCAAGCGUGGGCUACCAGCAGGAGAUACCAAACGCUGGUGUUAACUUUAAGGGUCUUGUGGAUACAAAUUUAACUGUGCAGGCAACUUUAGAGAAAAAGAUGUUAGAAUCACAGAUACCAAUAACUUUUGUACUAAGUGCAUUUGGUAAUCCUUCAAAAUCGGACUUCAAGUUUGGUGUAGGUAUGAUGCUAGGCUGAGGAAAGUGUUGAUAGUAGUGAUUUUAUGAGCGCAGAACUGGGAACUGCUGGACUGGUUUAUCAAAUAAACAGCCUUUUGUAUUGAGAAAAGUGAAUAGAUUUGUGCAGCUUUGGAUGAGCUAAGUAAUGAUGUUUUUAAAAGAAUGAAUAUCAGCUGAAAACAAGGAGUUAUGUUGUGGCUUCAUUUUAGAAAGAAAAACUUAAAAACAAAAAUAGAUGAUAAAUAACUAGUAGAUCUAUGAAAUUAUGAACUGAAAAGUGUGUUUGGAUUAUGAAUUGAUUUAAGAUCCUUCCUGGAUCAACUAGCCUGAUUUCUUGCAAUACUUCCUGGAUCAACUAGCCUGAUUUCUUGCAAUACUUCCUGGAUCAACUAGCCUGAUUUCUUACAGUACAUCCUGGAUCAACUAGCCUGAUUUCUUACAAUACUUCCUGGAUCAACAAGCCUGAUUUUUUGCAAUACUUCCUGGAUCAACAAGCCUGAUAAUUGCAAUACUUCCUAGCUCAACUAGCCAGAUUUCUUGCAAUAUUUCCUGGAUCAACAAGCCUGUUUCUUACAAUACUUCCUGGAUCAACAAACCUGAUUUAUAACAGUGCUUCUUUGACAAAAAAGCUUGAUUUUGAGCAAGCUGGACAAACAUUCUACCAUUGGAGAAGCCCUUUGUUUGACUUAUGCUAUCCACAUUGUUUGGGCUUUCUUAUGAUACAAUGUAUUGGUUGGCUAUAUAUGUUGUGCGACUUAUGGGUAUUUUUAAAGGAAGAAGUAAUUCUUCAACACUUAAAAUUAAGGGGUCAACAUUCUCUAAAAUGUAUUUUAUAUUGCAUGGAGAUGUAUACUUAACAACUACAGAUGUAAACAUGAUUUUAAUUCUGGAUGAUUUCUUCCAGAAAGUUUAGUCUGGGCAUUAAGUUUGUUGAUACAUGUAGGUUAAAUUAUUAACCUGCAUCUUAAUAAUGUAAUUCUUUGUACUGAAAGGACAUGGAAGUACAAAACUAGAAUUGGUAAAAAUUGUACAAAUUGCAUCAACAAUUAUAAAAAUAUGAACAUGUAGUCAACAUUUGAUAAAACAUAUAAAUAAUAUUUUUUCUACCAAUAUUUAUUUCUGUCUGGAUCCAAAUCAGUAUAAAUGGAUAGCUAACCAAAAGAGAUUUCAUCCUAAUAAAGCAAGCAUCCGUUUAUCGUAUAAAACUGAGACACAUUGUGAAAUGAGGUAUUUGGCAUUUCACAUAUGUCUGUUAAAUGUAUUGAGCACCUAGCAGCAUUUAAAAUAAUAAAAAUGUGGUAGUUACCGUCAUAAUUAUCAGCCGUGUUCAUCUUGCAUGCUCAGGAGGAGGCCUGACACUGCCAGGUACUUAUAUACAUGCAUUGAAAUGUUUUAGCUCAUAUUGAGUGUUGCUCAGAAAACAAUAGUAACUGUAAACUUUACUAUAAUCAGUUACUGCAGUUUUGCGAGCAACGCCUUUCAAUGAACACUGAACAAACCAGUCUGUUUUACUUAGUGUGGUUGUGUGUAUUCUGCACAUGUUAAUGAUAAAUUGAUAUUUGUUUACAGAAUUUUAAUAAAGAAUGAAAAUGUG